GAUGUCAAACUUCGGACAACUUGAUUCUGAUUUUUACCAAUCUAAUUAUACCAUUGAUAAGCAGGAGCAGUGCUGUAAUGAUUCUAAUGCCUGUGGAAAUCUUUAUGGAUCUAGACAACAACAAACCAACCAACAGCCUCAGCCUUUUGUCCCACCGGAGAUGCUCAUGUCAUCAGGUUAUGCAGGACAAUUUUUUCAGCCAGCAUCCAACUUGGAUUAUUAUUCACAAUCUCCUUACAUUGACAGUUUUGAUGAAGAGCCUCCUUUGCUAGAAGAUAAGUUAAGGAAAUAACUUGGAAUCAAUUUUGAUCACAUAUGGCAAAAAACCUUGACAGUGUUAAACCCAAUGAAGCCAGCAGAUGGCAGCAUUAUGAAUGAAACAGACCUCAUUGGGCCCAUCCUUUUUUGCAUAGCUUUGGGAUCCACCCUGCUUUUGGCAGGAAAAGUUCAGUUUGGUUAUGUUUAUGGCAUGAGUGCCCUUGGCUGCCUUGGGAUUCACGCCUUAUUGAACUUGAUGAGCCCUACAGGGGUGUCGUAUGGCUGCGUGGCGAGUGUGCUGGGUUACUGCCUGCUCCCCAUGGUCAUCCUGUCCUGCUGCACCAUCUUCUUUUCACUGCAGGGCAUCUUUGGAACCGCGUUGGCCCUGGUCAUCAUUGGCUGGUGUAGUCUCUCAGCUUCCAAGAUCUUCAUUUCUGCCUUGGACAUGGAAGAACAGCAGCUUCUCAUUGCCUACCCUUGUGCCUUACUUUAUGGACUUUUUGCCCUCCUGACAGUUUUCUGAAGAGUGUUUGAGGUGGUGUUGCAAGAUUUUGUUUGCUACUCAGAUUACUCUGGAAGUGUAUUAGCAUUCAGGUUUGGUGAUGUGAUUUCUGUUUUAUUGCUAUUGAGAGAAUAAUAAGCAGAGAGACAAAAUAGUACUUAAGGACGCUGCUCUAAUAGCCUGUUCGGUUUGAGUGAUGUUUUGCUUUUCAAUUUGGUGCAUUAAAACAUUUUAAAAUACUUUAAAAUAAAAAGGUAUGUAGUUGCUGUA